CUAGAUUUCAAUUCAUUGAACCAGUCUCCCUAAAUUUUACCUCCAGUAGUUGGAAUGUCUGCAUACACACAAAAAAAUUAUUAUUGCAAUAGAUGAAGACGACAGUCCACAGCCAUUUUUUGACACUGAAGAAUUAUUUCAACAGUUAAAUCAUGAGUGUAUUGAUGGAGCAACAGACGCAGAGGCUGAUGAAGACAAGGUGAAUAUUUUUUACACUUGAUGCAACUGUGUCUCUCAAGAUUAAGGGGAGGGGUCUAUUCUUAACUCAAAACACCACAAAAUUGUGGAUUGAGACAGAAUCAAGUACCUGAAAAGACAAGUGAAGGUUCAUUGUUUUGAGAGAAGGCCCUUUGUGAAGUUAGUAGCUGAUGAAGGGCCUUAAUUCACUCACUUGAAAAGGCAAAGUUUUACUUGUGUUUUUCAGGUGGAUCAAUCCAUCUCAAUCUGCAGUUUUCUGGCUCUAUUCCUAUUUAGGCUGUUUUCUGUUAAUAAUAAUAAUAAUAAUAAUAAUAAUAAUAAGUCUUACAAAUAUUAUAAAUAAAUAUAUAUACAUAUACAUCUUUGAAGGUAAAAGUUGAUUUGAAUCCACUAGACUGUCAGCGUGUAUCUAAAAUAUAAUCUAUUUACAAAACUGUUCUUGAAGCGUUCAGUAUUAAUUUUUGGCAAGCAUCCUUGACCUUAGGGAGAAGUGAAUGUAUAGUGGGUGGCAGGCAUUAACUCUAAUUUUAUGAAACAGUCUUUUAUCAAACUGUUUCAGAAGUUCAUGAACAUUGAACUGUUUUGAUGUAAUAUGUGAACAACGAGAGCGAGUGUUUGGAUAUCCCGGUGAGACACGAGCUCGAGGUGUUUAUAUGGCUUCUCAAAUGAAUCGAGACGUAACAGAAUGUUUUCGUUUGCUGAUUUGAAUAGAAUUCUUAACCAAGCAUAACGUAAUUAGGAAUUCUAUUCAAGUAAUUUUGCAUGCGUAAUUAAGAUAUUUGAUGAAACCACUAUAGUGACUUUCAUCAAGUUUCACCGGGUUAUCCAAAUGGCAUCUUGUGAUCAAAUAGGUGAUUAUCAUUGGCUGAAUUCCUCAUGAAUUAUUAAUGCUUUGAGAAGUAUAAUGCCUUCUAAAACAUCUGUUCAAAAAACUCUGUUUCACAUUCACCUCAGCGUUACAAGCUCCAUAAACCGGGAGGGCAUAGGUUAGCUUCGAUAAUACGACAGAUUUAAAAAAUAAGUCAAUAUCUUCCUGAUUGUAUUCUUCUUUUCUCAAGCCUCGAAUUACGUACAAGCAUCUGUUGGCCUCACCCAGUUUGGCUUUAAUAUGCAUCAUGAACUUGCUUUUGGACUGAAAAGUUAACCCAUUUAAGCUCCAGCACUAUCAAUACAAUUAUAUCUUGUAAAAUACAAUGUUAUGUUCUCCAUACCUUUCUUGGUUUUCUCCCAAAUCAGAGUCCAUUUACACUCCUAAAGCAAAGAAUGACUCGAGUAACAGAUGACGAAGGUGUCUACAAGAUGAUUGUCAAGAAAGGGACUGGUGAAAUUGUUACACCUGGAGCAAUUUGUCGAGUUCACUACAAUGGAUACAUAGAAUAUAGGGGUGAACCUUUUGACUCAACCAGACUGAGAAAUAGACAACAGCAAAUCCGACUUGGAGCAAGUAAGUUGAGGUUUGAGAGCUUAACCCAUUGAGUCGCAACGUGCCCCAGUGCACGUUUUUUUUACUUGUCUAACACCAGACGAUUUUACUCGUCAAUGCAUGCAGGGGAAGCUCUGCAGCUUAAUGGGUUAAGCAAGCAAAAUCUCUGGGUAAGAUGUAUGUCAAUUGGAAGUGACUCAAGCUGUUAUAAAUGAUGAGUUGUGGUGACAACAGUUCUUGCUUGAAAUCAAGAAUGGCAGUCAAUGAAGUUUUACGUUCUUGAUGUCAAACAAGAGUGGCUGUCGGCACCAUCAUCUAUCUAUAACAGCUUGAUUGACUUCCGGUUGAUAUACCGGAAGUGUUGUCGAAAACAUUGCUUGCUUACUACGCAUUUCACUGACAUGUGCAUUCCGCAUUUUUUCUCGCUUCCGAACGGCGUUCGACGGUCGACGUUCGACACAGGCCUGGUUACAAAAUUUGGCGCCUUUUCAAGUUUUCAUCAAUACUUCUGUCAUUCAAGACAAGACAUUGACUAUUUAUAUCAACUUCGGAAAAUUCAAACUUGAAAAGGCGCCAAAUUUUGUAACCAGGCCUGCGUCGAACGUCGACCGUCGAACGCCGUUCGGAAGCGAGAAAAAAUGCGGAAUGCACAUAGUAUAGUAUAGUAUAGUAAAACUUUAUUUAACCACGCUUCCCUCAUCACCCAUGGAUGAUUUUCAUGAGGGGCGUCACACAAAUUACAUUCUAAAAACUAAUAUAAAUUAAAUAUGAAAUAGAAUAACAUAGAAUAACAAAUACGUAGAUAAAAAAGUUAAAAAAACCAAGACUAUUCGAUGCCUGACUCUGUAGCACACAUUAUUUUAUCAAAUAUUUGAAGCUACUUAAAGAUUCUGUUUGCUUUGCCUGUGUAGGUAAACUAUUCCAUAGAACAGCCCCGCUAUAUCCAAAACUCUUUUUUAAAUAUUCAGUACGUGGUUUAGGAACUGAAAGAUUUAUAUCAGCAUUUCUGAGAUUAUAAUUAGUACUAAGAUUUAUGUCCCUUGUUACAAAUUUAUCCUUUAAGUUCGGAGCUGAGUGGUUGUUUAAUAUUUUAAACAUCAAGACCGAUUUAUUCAUUUUAUGUCUGUCGUUCAGAUUUUUCCAUGACAUAGCAUGGAGCAAAUCUGUCGACCUGACAUCAUAAUUGGCACCUGUCAUGAAAUGCGUAGUAAAGUUCUCUAUUAUGUUGCUUCCAACUGUGUCAAUGGAUUCCCAAGAACUAGACAUAAAAUAAUAUAUAUUUUCAUUCCAUUCAGGUUUCAUUCUUGGAUUUGAUGUUGCCAUGGCAACAAUGAGAAAAGGCGAAAUUUCGAAGUUCAUAUUUUCUCCUGCUUAUGCAUACAGAGAGAUGGGCUGCCCGCCAAGAAUUCCUCCAGAUACAAGUGGUAAGCAGUAGAGGUUUGCAUCGGAUCGGAUUGGACAUUUAUAAUCCGACAAUGAACCUUUAACUUUAUAUCUAAAAUUUUGAUCUAGACGAGUCUAGACAAAAAUUUCAUCGCAGCUUGAAAGAGCAUCACAAAAUUAGUAAUAUUCCAAAGUUUCAUUGCAAAACGUUGUAAAAUGCGGAUAAUAUAGCUUUGCGAAGUUUGCCGUUUUUCAGUCAUUUUGUAUUACGCACGGGAAAUUGACAGCCCAAUCGGGUGUUGGGGCAUCAAUUUCCCGUUUGUAAUACAAAAUGACUGAAAAUUGCAAAUUUCGCAAGGCUAUAUUAUCCGCAUUUUACAACAUUUCGUAACGAAACUUUUGGAAUAUUACUAACUUUGUGAUGCUCUUUCAAGCUGUAAUGAAAUUUUUGUCUAGAUCAAAAUUUAGUCUAUAAUGCAAAUGGUCCAUUGCCUAAUGUUCAAAAUCCGAUCCGAUCCGACUUUUGAUAAAGAAUUCCGAUCCGAUCCAAAGAAUCCUUUAUUAGCUUUAAUAAAAUAAACUUCUCAUUCAAGUGGAAAUAUUUAUAUUAACCAAAUAAUAAUUAUUAUUUAUAUAUAAUAUUAUAUAUUUCAUUUUAUGUCGAAUGUUGAAGUUCGAUCCGACUACGAAACAACUUUGUCAAUCUGAUCCAAUCCGAAAUGAAUAUUUUUGUUCCGAAAUCCGAGGAAAAUCAAUUAAGCAUAAUUCAAAGGUCAGUGAUUUCAAUGUUUUUAACAUUUUUUAACAUUUUUAAUGCUAAAAACAUUGAGUUCACUGAUCUUGAAUUAUGCUUAAUUGAUUUUCCUAGUUAGUUUUUUCAAUUAACAAUUGACAGGGUGUGUUAGGCUCAUAGGUCUGAGGCAGAUCAUUAACGAGGUAUGGACUAAUAGCGGCUGCUCAAGCGCCAUUUGUGAGCUCAAAGUAUACCUCGGUCUGCUUCACGUCAGUCCGGUUCUAUCUAUCUAUUCAUAAUGUAACCAGUCACUGAAAAGCCCUGAUAGGGAGUGUGCUGUGAAAUAUCUGUAAUCUAUCUGUAAUCUGUAAUAGUUAACAUGCACAACUCAACGAAAACGAACGUAUAGCCUCAUUAAACGAACGAUCUAUUCGUCGAAAUGCAUAGAAACUGUCCUGCUCAUUGGUAGAGACAGCACGUCAUGAACUAUCGUCUGAUAUUGAACCGAAUAUUAUAAUCACACACCGUUCCACGUAACAAACGGUGAGCUAAUUCUCAUUGGUUGAGACAGCUGACAGCACAACAUGAAUUUGCGACUGGUGUUACACAGCGGACGGACUUAUACAGGGUGUCUCAAAAAAAACCAAAAUCAUUGAAAUAACGUAUUGUUCGAAUUUCAAUGCCGUAACACAAAGGAUUUUGACAGGGUGAUUAAUUUGUUUUAAAAAAUUAAAAUAUCUUUGUAAAGUGAACGUUUGUUUGCUCAUGGGAAUUUAAAAUGCUUCGUAAAUUGUAAUAUGCGUAAUAUGCAUUCGUGGGUUUAGUACUUUAUGCCUGACAUAACAAGUUUACGCUGAGUAUUACCAUUCAUUAUAGCAGUUAUGUCAAUCUUUUAUGCACUCGUGGGAUUAACUUAGUGCUAGGGCAUUGAAUAUCGAACAAUACGUCAAUUUCAAUGAUUUUGGGUUUUUUUGAGACACCCUGUAUAUACUCGUAAGGACAAUACAAUUAUAAGUUGUUCGAAAUCCAUUGUCAAAUAUUCAAUAUUUUAGAAAGGACUCGACACUUGCCCAUGUUAAACUACAAGACAAAUGUUCAUUGUUCAUAUUGACAGCCAGGCAUUGCUGUAAUUCGUUGAAAAAGUCCGGACCAUUAAACUCAUAACUCACAAAGUUAGGAAACAAAACUCCCUCAAUACGUGAAGUUGGGAUGUUUGCUUGGGCACCAGUUAUUGCAAGGAAUAAUAAUUUAUAGAAACGCUGAAGUAACAUGCAGAUUAGCGGUUAACAAUUAAUGCAUGCAUGGUUUACUUCGUUAUUUAAGCUGCGAUACCUUUCUUCCUCUAACAAUUAUUCAAUAUUCCCACUCAGUACACACAAAUAAACGGAAAAUAAAAGAUUAAGUACAACUGAUAAAAAUUGCGGAGCGGUUGCAAUCUCAUGUAACUCGUCCAUCGUGUCUACGGUUGAAAGGCAUAAAGCAAUUAUUAAAGUAUACUUGCAUUUAAUAUUUCCAUAAAGACAAGGAUGAAAAGUGCAAUUUGCAUCGCUAUUCAUGCAGAGAAUGUCAAAAAGUAUGUGUAUGCCUAAAACCAAAUAACACAUCCCAAAGACUAUAUAAAACUUCGGUAUAGUUUUUAUUCAAUUUAUAGCCAUUUGCUAAACAAUAACUAUGUUUUGAUAUAUAUGCAUGUUUAAUUGUAAUCUUGACAUAUAAAAUAAGCUAUCCUUAUUAACAUAACUGAAUAUUCGUUCGUUUUCGUUGAGUUGUACAUGUUAGCUAAUGCACCUUAAAAACCAUCAUUCAAAAGGCCGAACUGUGUCUUUAAAGCAGCGCAACUGUUACCAUUAAAUCGUUUGUGUAUUACAUUUUUAGUGUUAUUUGAAAUUGAAAUGGUUAGUUUUGUGGACCAGGCAGCAUCAGACGAAUUUUCUGAAUUUCCUACGGUAAUUUAAGCCAAUCAUCAUCAUUGUUUUUUUGUAGAUUAUACAAUAUAUCUCGCUUCUUAUUAUUUAGUUGUUAAUCAACUGUUCUAUAUAGCAUUUAAAAAUCAUUGAAGGUCGUCAAUAGUAAUUGUGUUUUUUAGGAAGAAAGAAAUAAAGCCUCUUUUGAAAGUAUUCAUGAAGUAGCACAUUCAUUUCGAGAAGUAUGUGAGAAAUUUGAAUCAACUUUUAUGCUGUCAGUUUCAUGCUUCUUUGAAAAGAAUUACACAUGUCAAGUUAAUAAAUGAAGGCUUUUGAUUUCAAUUUAGACUGGAAAUGAUUUAUUCAGACAAAAUGAAUUUUAUCGAGCUAUCAAGAAAUACGAUAAAGUAAGAAUUCUGAAAUAUAUAAGGUGUUCAUGCUCGACAUGAUUUAUAAGACAGAUGAUCCCUCUGUUUUCUGCAUUUAUACUAUAAACAAAUGAAUUAUCAAACAAACUUUCUUUGCCCAUCAAACAUGAUCAUCAUUUCCAGGAUAAAUCAGGUCAAUGUCAUAUUCUUGCAGGGUAUUCAACUUCUGGAAACUUGUCGUGUUCAGGAUGCAACAGAAGAGAAAAAAAUGAACGAUACAUUGUUAUUGCUUUACAUGAAUGCAUCGCUAUGUUCUUUAAAACUUGGCCAGGGUUCUCGGGCGAAAACAUUUGGUAGAAAGGUAAUUUUAUAAAGGCUGAGCUGAUUCUUAUUGGACCUCUAGGAGGAACAGUAGUUAGAACUGACGGAGCUAUCCAUUAUAAAUAAAGUUAGUUUAGUUUAGAUUUUCUCCUGUAGUAACACUGGAUCAAUAAGAGAUGAUCCUCUUACUGGACCUCUAGGAAGAACAGUUUAGAACUGAUAGAGCUAUCGAGUAUAAAUAAAGCUAGUUUAGUUUAAUAGAUUUCUUCCUGUAGUAACACUGGAUCAAUAAGAGAUGAUCCUCUUUCUUACUGGACCUCUAGGAGGAACAGUUUAGAACUGAUAGAGCUAUCGAGUAUAAAUAAAGUUAGUUUAGUUUAGGUUUCUUCCUGUAGUAACACUGGAUCAAUAAGAGAUGAUUGUCACUGGACCUCUAGGGAAAACAGUUUAGAACUGAUAGAGCAAUCGAGUAUAAAUAAAGUUAGUUUAGUUUAGGUUUAAUUUCUUCCUGUAGUAACACUGGAUCAAUAAGAGAUGAUUCUUACUGGACCUCUAGAGAGAACAGUAUAGUUUAGAACUGAUAGAGCUAUAUCUCUGUCUAGGCGCUGGACAUAGACCCAAAGAACAUCAAAGCAGUGUUCAGAAUCGCUCAAGGUUUUCAAAAAGAAGGAGACUUUUCGAAAGCUCGUGAAUGGUAUUUGCGUGCACAAAGACAAGAACCAAAUAACUCAGAAAUCAGAGUUGCAUUGCAGAAGUUAGACCAGUGAGUGACAACGAAUAUGUUUUGGGAAUAAUAUGGAAUAAUGUCCGUGGUACGACGUAGACUGUCCCAGCUAGGAAUGUUUGUCCCUAACAGUCAUUCAACUUUAUUCGAACAACGCAAAUAUGACUUAUGUUUAAUAAGUAAAAUGCUGGUUUAUACACUAUCAAAGUUUCUGUGAUCACAGUAGGAAUUUUGCAUAGGUAAAUUCUACGUUUUGGAGGUUUGUAAGUUUGAGGGAAUUGAGUCAGUGUUAAACACUAAAGCCUGGUUCACACAUGCCUGCGGUAUGCCUGCGACUGUAUCAUUAUGCCUCUACUCCGCCGAAAUACCGGCAAAGUUGAACUCAACUCAACUUUCCCGGCCUACCGCCGAUGUAACUGUGGCACUGGAGGCAAUCGGCGAACAAAUAUUCACAUAAUUUACGUUUUAAAGCUACCAUCGGCAUCGUCGCCGGUACGUCGCAGGCAUAUAUGUGAACCAGGCUUAAGUCAGUAUCCUCAAACAUUUCUUACAAAUCCUUCAAAACUUGAUAUUCAUCUAUGCAAAUUUCUACUGAGAAACUUUGUUAGUGUAAACCAGGUGUAAGGUGGCUUCCUACAGUUGUCCCCAUUUGCCCGACAUCUCUACAGAGCACAUGCCUAUUAAUGCAGAUCUUGCAUUCGUUUCUACUUGGAGACAAUCUCUAACAUCAGUGGUAGCAUUUAAAAAAAAAGAAGGCCCGGUCAAUCUUUGUUUUGAUCGUGGCGGUUAUUUAUUUAUUUAUUUAUUUAACUUCGCCAGGUAAAAAUUACACGAAAGACAUGCAUACAAUACAAAUACAAAAAACUAUACAAGUGACGAAUGGCGGGGACACCACAACAGUUAAAACCAAUUACUGCGGGCCCUUUUAACAUAUAGAUUACAUACAGAUAUCUAAAAGUAACAGUUGAUAACAUUGGUCAAGCUUCGACCAGAGUUACAAUUUAAACAUAUAGAUCUCCAUGUUUUUGGGUCCUCUGCAUCAAAACAACUGUGCAGGGCUUUCGAAUAAUAUUGUCGUAAUAAACUCUUAAAUGUACUUAAACUUAAAUUUGGUUGUCUUAAGUCUGUUGGAAGACAAUUCCAUACUCUCGUGACGCGGGUAAUAUACGAUCGCUGGAAAGUCCUAGUCCUGCAUUUGGUUACGUGGAAUAGUCGACGUAGACGUCCCGCAAACAUGCCCGCAUGCUACUGUAGGGAGCCUCCUUAUAAGUCAGUUUACAAUGCUCUCGCUAGUGCUGUCAAUACCCUCUGUUUCCAUUUCUUCCAGGGAUGUGCAACGAUGGAGACUCAGUGAAAAACAGAUGUGUAAGAGGAUGUUUUGUGAAGCUAAGCCAGGCUCUCCAGGUUGGUUUUCAUCACUCGUUUUGAUUCAUAUUCAGCUGGAAGUGAGAAGGUGAGCGGGGGAAUAAUCUUGAAUCGUUCUCCAUAGUGUCUGCAAAAGAAAACAUUGCACCAGAGCCUGAGGAAAAGCCUGCAACAGGGGUCUCAGAAGAUGUCAAGUCUGUUAUAAUGAAACGAUUGCGGUAAGUAUCUAAUGAUGAAUUUACAAUUGUGAAUUGUUUUGGUAAAAGUUACACGACAGCAGAUGAUACCAACGUCAAAAAUGUUCACGCUAAUAGGAGCACGAAAAUUAAAUUGCAUAUGACAUGAAAUUUCUUAUUUUCUUAAGUGAAAGAACUCUUUAAGCUGUAGUGUAACUUAUUUUUCAGUUUCUUGUUUUUAUGGUUUGUUCCCGAGAUAUUUCAAUUUGUUUGAUAUGUAAAUGAGUGUGAAUAUGUCCGCUAAUUUAUGACAUCAUGUUGGUUGCAAACUCUUCAAAAUGGUUGAAUAUCACUGCUAUCAUCCAAGAUGAUAAUUUCAAACUUCGCUCACUGGUAAAUGUGAUGAAACACUGUAGAAAAACGUAAACUGAUAUCUACAGUUUUUAGAGUUAAUACAUUUAUAACCAGUGUAAGUUGAGCUUGCAACCAACAUGAUGUCAUAAAUUAGCGGACAUAUUCACACUCAUUUACAUAUCAAACAAAUUGAAAUAUCUCGGGAACAAACCAUAAAAACAAGAAACUGAAAAAUAAGUUACACUACAGCUUAAAGAGAUUUUCGUUUAAGAAAAUAAGAAAUUUCAUGUCAUAUGCACUUUAAAUUACACAUCUCUUACGUUGAUUUAUUUACCACCAAAGACAAGACUGCUACAUAUAAUGAAAGAAUUAACAUUAUUUUCUCACUCUGAUAACUGCGUGUUUAACUAUUGAAAUUUUUCUCACUACCAGGGAUUUCCAAGCUGACGACAAACAGAAUGAAAUUACAUUUCCCUCGUCUUUGACGACAAACGAAGUCAAUUUCCUGGUUGAAGAAGCCAGAGGAAAUGAUCUGCAUUGUAUCACACCAACAAAGAAGGUACAGUAUAGGUUGUCCCUGUAAACAGAAUUUUCUUCGCUCUUGUAACUGCAGGUUCACCACCAUCUGCUGCGCGAUAGUGCUUAAUUUUAAAGUUUCUGUGAUGACAAUAGGAAUUUUGAGUGUGUGUGGGUGUGAAUAGGUUUUCGGAUCGUCGGAUUUCACAGAAAAAAUUGUUCGGAUUUCGGAUCUGGCGAAUAUUUUACACGGAUUUUCGGAUCUUAUUAACACAGCGGAUUGCGGAUUUAUCUAAUAUUUUGGCUCGGAUUGUGGAUUUAGCUUGCAAUUUAGUUCGGAUCCUGGAUUAUGACUUCAUAGUAGAGCUUUUAGCGGAUUCAAAUUUAGACAAGACCAUUGUCGGAUCGUGAUAGGGGUGUCCCUAUUCACACCCUCCCCCAGUGGGCAUAAAUUCUAAGUUCUGAAGGAUUUGUAAAAAAAUGUUUGGAGGUAGUUUCUUUACCUCGUGUCAAAAUUCUUUUUCCUGGUUAAAAUGUUUCAACUAUAUAUUAAAAUUUUAAACUACGUUUUUUGUUUUUGUUUCCAGAUUUCGUACUUAAAGAUAAUGAAAGAAAAGCCUGAAUAAGAAUAUUCCAGCGUUUGAAAAUACAUAAAAACAUACUACACGAGUGAAACAAUCGCACAUUGAGUGUAUACUAUAAAGUUAAUAUAUUUCUAUUUGUAAUAGUGUUUAAUGUUCGAGGCACCAGAAUACUGUAAAGGUGAAUAUAUAAAGAAAUAUUUUAAGCCUGAAAAGUGAAGUGAACUUGAGAAAUGUUGACACUUAUAUAUAGGAGCAAGAAUAUAAAUGUAC